AUGCAUGGCGGAAACCAAGCAAACCACUCGCAUCACCAACAGGAACGGCGGGUGCCUCGGGUUCAUCGGCCUUCCGAGUUCCUCACCCGGCCGCAACCGACGCACCCAGCCUUUUGGCUCGUAGGCGCAUGCUGCACGCUGCUGUGGGUCGCUAUCAUCCUCGCCGGCCUCGCCAUCCUCAUCGUGUACCUCGUCGUCAGGCCCAAGGGCCCCCAACUCGAGAUCUCCAGCGCCAACCUCAACGGCGCCAUCCUCGACGGCGGCGGCCUCCUCAACGCCGACCUCUCCGUCCUCGCCAACUUCUCCAACCCCAACCAGAAGGUGGACUUGAGAUUCGGCCAGGUGCAGCUGGACCUGUACUUCCGCAGCGUCCUGAUCGCGACGCAGGGCCUGGGGCCGUUCCGCGAGCGGAGGAGGGAGGCGGUGCUGCGCUACGUGCGCAUGGUGUCGAGCAGUGUGGCGCUGCCGGCCGACGCGGCGGAGGCCUGGCGUGCGGGGGAGAUCGGGAACAGGCAUGCAAUGAAGGUGGUGGCCUCGUUCCGGACGCGGUCCGAUAUUGGCGGCUGGUUGCACUACACGUUCCGGACGCGGCGCCACUGCAACAUCGUCGUGGGUGCGCCGCCCGCCGGGGUGCUGUUGGCCAGCAGCUGCACCUCCAAGCACUGA